AUGGAAUAUAAAACAAUAUUAAAUAAUACCAGUAAAACCAAAGUUUGUUAUUUUUUUGAUCAAGAUGUUGGGAAUUAUUUUUAUGGGCCAUAUCACCCGAUGAAACCACAUAGACUAUGUUUAACCAAUAACUUGGUAUUAAACUAUGGGUUACACAAAAAAAUGCAUUUAUAUAAAGCAAGAAGAGCAGACUCUGAAGAUUUUUUAAGAUUUCAUUCAGAUGACUAUGUCGAUUUUUUAGAAAGAGUAUCACCAGAUAAUUUAAGUGAAUGGAAGGACUUAAGUAGAUUUCAUAUAGGUGAAGAUUGUCCAGUGUUUCCUGGACUAUAUGACUAUUGUUCAAUUUAUACAGGUGGUUCAAUCGAAGGAGCAUUAAAAUUAAACCAUAGAAUGUAUGAUAUAGCGAUCAAUUGGAGUGGUGGAUUACAUCAUGCUAGAAAAGACGAAGCCUCAGGUUUUUGCUAUGUAAAUGAUAUUGUUUUGGGAAUUUUAGAGCUAUUAAAGUUUCAUCCAAGAGUUUUGUAUAUAGAUAUCGAUGUUCAUCAUGGAGAUGGUGUUCAAGAAGCAUUCUAUUUAACCGAUAGAGUAAUGACAGUAAGUUUUCAUAAGUUUGGUGGCGACUUUUUCCCAGGUACAGGUGAUAUAGACGAAAUUGGAAUGCAUGCUGGUAAACAAUAUUCUGUGAAUGUGCCAUUACACGAUGGUAUCGAUGAUAGGAGCUAUCUUUCAAUUUUUAAACCAGUAAUACAGGGUGUAAUGGAUUAUUAUAGACCAUCAGCUAUAGUUUUACAAUGUGGUGCAGAUUCACUUAGAUUUGAUAGAUUAGGAUGUUUUAACCUAACAAUCAAUGGACAUGCAGAAUGUGUUAGGUUUGUAAAGAGUUUUAAUGUACCAACUAUGGUUUUGGGUGGAGGUGGAUAUACUGUUAGAAAUGUAGCACGUUGUUGGACCUAUGAAACAUCAGUUUGUGUUGAUACUGAAGUUAACAAUGAAUUGCCAUAUAAUGAUUAUAUUCAAUUCUAUAGUCCCGAUUUUCAACUAAUACCCGACUACUCACACAUUCCCUAUAAAUUUGAAAAUGCAAAUACAAAAAGCUAUUUAGACAAUUUGAAAAUUAAAAUUUUAGAAAAUUUAAGAGUUUUACAAUGGGCCCCAUCAGUUCAAAUUCAAGAUGUACCUCCUGAUAUCAUGGCAAUUGAUUCACAAGAAUAUCAAGAAGAUUCAAAAGAAAAUAUAGAUAAAAGAGGAAAAAAACAUAACGAUUUUUCGUAA